AUGAUCCCCACUGUCCGUGCAUCAGCUGCCCUACGUGCGCCGCUGCGGGCUGUCAUGCGGGCGCCACCAAGCGUUCGUGCUUUCUCGACGUCGAUAGUACGCCGUCGUAUUGAAGAAAACAUCUCAGGCGAGCGUCUAGCCCAGCUCUUACAGGAACAAAGCGCCAAGCCGCUGCUCGUAGACUUUGUGGCUGAAUGGUGUGGUCCGUGUAAGAUGCUGAGUCCUGUGCUGCACAAGCUUGCCAGCUCACCAGACCUGGUGGGCGGCAAGGACAUUGAUCUUGUCACUAUGGACGUUGAUCACGAGAUCGGCGCAGCCCAAAAGUACGGUGUUCGUGCCAUGCCUACCGUAAUCGCCUUCAAGGAUGGCCGACCUGUCUCUCAAUUUGUUGGCGUGCUACCAGAAGCGCAGCUGCGCCAAUUUAUUCAGGGUCUGUAG